AUGCUACCGAAGAACUGGACGACAAUCAGUGAGUUUAUUAUUGUGGGCUUCCCUGGACUCCAUCCAGACUAUUAUGGCCUGGUUUCUGCCAUUUUCUUUGUCGUCUACGCAACCACAGUGGCUGGAAACAUGGUUUUUCUAGUGCUGUUUGUCACUUCGGAGAGCCUCAGGAAGCCUAUGUACAUCAUCCUAGCAAGUCUGGCAGUAUCUGAUAUGUGUUUCUCCACUGUUGCCCUGCCUAAGAUCAUAUCCAGAUACUGGUUUAAUGCUGGAGCGACAUCUUUCCAUGCUUGUUUCUUCCAAAUGGAGCUAAUCCACUAUUUUGGGACUUUAAAUUCACUGAUAAUGAUGAUUAUGGCACUUGAUCGAUAUGUGGCAAUUUGUUAUUCUCUCAGAUACCAGACUGUUAUGACUAACCGUGUAACAUACAUCCUAAUUAUCACUGCUUGGAUAACAGCUUUCAUUGCACCAACAGUAGCCACCCUACAUACACAACAGCUUCCUUACUGCGGCCCCAACCUUAUCAUUCAAUGCUACUGUGAUCACAUCUCCAUUACUAACUUGGCAUGUGCUGAAAACAGCAAGCAGAUGUUGGUGGCCUUGUGUGUGGCUCUGCUGGUGCUGCUUCUUCCUCUGGCCUUCAUCGUUUACUCUUACUUUCACAUCAUAGCAUCUGUUAUGAGGCUGUCAAGCUCUCAGAGUCGCUGGAAGAGUUUUGCCACUUGCAGCACUCAAUUGUGCAUCAUCACACUAUUUUACGUGCCACGCUGUGCUGUCUAUAUUACUAGUUUCCUGCAAAUUCAGAUCAGCAGAGAUUUCAGAAUACUUCUCAUACUGCUCUACAGCCUUGUCCCGCCACUGAUAAAUCCCUUCAUCUACUGUUUGCGGACACAGGAGAUCAGACUGAUUGUGGGACGCUGGGUGAGCAGGCAACAGGCCUUGAGAGAAGCUUGCAAAAUUAAUGUCAUCACUCUCUGA